AUGGCACAGAGCUAUACAGAGAUAUCGGCGGCAGCAAAGAAGCGGAGAGACGAUGCCCUUGCUGCGUUCUGGGCUAUCCCAGAUAUCAAGGAAGAUGAGCUGCCGCGAGACCUGAGAUCGUACCCUCAAACAUCUGGUCUUCUCACCGCCGAGGAGCUGGAGAUUAUCAAUUCGGACGCCGUUGUGCUGUUGGAGAAGCUUCGGACAAGACAACUAUCUUCUGUCACGAUAACCACGGCCUUUUGCAAGGCAACUGUCAUUGCACAGAAGUUGACCAAUUGCGUCACCGAAGUCCUGUUCGACGAAGGAUUGAAACGUGCAAAGGAGCUGGAUGACCAUCUCGAAAGGACAGGCAAGGUGGUUGGGCCUCUCCAUGGAUUGCCAGUCUCGCUAAAGGACAACUUCAUGACGGUCCCUCAUCCGUCUUCCAUUGGAAUGGCAGCAUAUACCAUCGAACCAACAGUCAGAGACUCCGUGAUAGUAACGGGCCUGCGAGACUUAGGCGCAGUCUUUUAUGUCAAAACCAACGUGCCCACGGCAAUGUUGAUGGCAGAGACAGACAACAGAGUCUGGGGCGAGACUCGAAACCCCAUCCACAAGGGUCUGAGUCCUGGUGGCUCAUCAGGCGGAGAGGCAGCUCUACUGGCCCUAAAAGCAUCACCACUAGGGCUUGGAACAGAUAUUGGAGGCAGCAUUCGUGUCCCUGGUGCGUUCUGUCAUCUGUACGGGUUGAAGCCGUCUUUUGGUCGGUUCUCAACUCUAGGAGGGCGCGCUGCCAUACAGGGACAGGAGUUUAUACCUUCUGUAUGCGGUCCCAUGGCAAUUUCACUCGAGAGUGUCAAGCUGUUUUGCGAGACGAUAUUAUCUGAGCAAGCCGGGCAGUGGAACGCUGAUCCUAAGCUUCUCCCCAUCCCCUGGAGAAAAGAUGUGAUUCAGCCCAAGGGACGAAAGCUGCGUAUUGGUAUACUCGGUAACAACGACGGUGGCAGGACUUGUUACCCGCCCGUCGAGCGUGCCCUUAGCAUCGUGACCAAGGCACUAAAAGACGCCGGUCAUGAUGUCUUCGAAUGGGCUCCAAUCGACCAUCCCGAGGUCCUGCGUCUUGUCAUCGAAGGGUUCAAGGUAUUCGGAACGUCCGCCAUCCUCCCUCAGCUAGAAAAGCACGGCGAGCCUCUCUUCAAGUGCAUGGAGAAGACCUUCUCAACCCUCAAGGAAGACCAGCUGGAUGCUGUCAAACUGAGCGACAUGAUCAUCGAACGCAACGGCCUGCAGAGAGCAUACCUCGAGAGGUGGAUGGCCACCAAGACAGACACAGCUGGCCCCAUGGACUGUAUCAUCGCCCCAGCCGCCGUUGCUCCCGCCGCUCGUCUGGGAUACGGCCAGACGAUGCAGUAUUUCGGCUUCACUGCCUUCGGUAACCUGCUAGACCUGCCAUCGUGUACAUUCCCCGUCACCUACGCGGACAAGGCCGUCGACCUAAAGCGAGACGCCAGCUGGACGCCCCUAAACGAACAAGACAAAAUCAUGCAGUCCGAGUAUGAUCCUGAGUUCUACCAUGGCGCGCCCGUCUCGCUGCAGCUGUAUGGCAAGCGGCUCGAGGAAGAGAAAGUGGUCGAAAUGGUGGAAGUCGUUGCGGAUAUCCUCAAGUUCAAGCCGUAG